AUGGGCAAAGUUGUAUUCGACACCUCUGCCAGGCACACAGAAUUAGUUCUUUCUGUCGCUUUCUCUCCAGAUGGCAGUCAGAUAGUCUCGGGCUCGGUUGAUAAAUCAGUAAGACUUUGGGAUGCUAACACAGGAGAGGUAAUUUCUUCACCAUUCGAGGGACAUGGGCACUUUGUCAAUUCUGUUGCCUUUUCACCUGAUGGGAAACGAAUUGUCUCUGGUUCUCGCGAUGAGAGUGUAAUUAUCUGGGACGUAAAUGAUGGUGAGAUGGUAUUCAGGCUGUGCAAAGGCCACGCAGAUAGGGUUACUUCUGUCGUCUUCUCUCCUGACGGCACACGUAUCGUCUCUGGCUCUUCGGACAGAACUAUCAUUGUCUGGAAUGCCGAAAACAGGGACAUAAUUUCUCGUUCAGAACAACUGCACAAGUCUGCAAUCUGGACUGUUGCCUUCUCACCAGAUGGCACAUUUAUUGCGUCGGCGUCCGUCGAAAACGAUGUCAUCAUAUGGAUUGCCGAAAGUUGGAAACGUGUUUCCGGUCCUUUCAAAGCAUCCAAAGACAGCACUGAACAAUAUUUUGCACCACUUGCCUUUUCUCCUGACGGGAGGCGGGUUGCCUCGCGCGACUCGGAUGAUAAUAUCAUUAUUCGUGACGUGCAGACCGGCCACAUCGAGUCUGGACCGAUGGAGGGGCACAGCGACAUAGUCCCGUCUGUUGCAUUCUCACCUGACGGUGCAUACCUUGUUUCCGGGUCAUACGAUCGGAUGGUUAUUGUUUGGGAUGCAAGCAAUGGAAGUAUUGUUUCUGAGCCGUACAAAGGACAUACCAGUCCCAUAACCUGCGUUGCCUUUUCACUAGAUAGUUCGCGUAUUGUUUCCUGCUCUUAUGAUGCGACAAUCCGUAUUUGGAAUGUACUGGGCAAAGAAGGUUAUUCCUCCAUGACAAGAGGAGUGCCAGACAACGUGGUCGCCUCGUACUCAUCCACACAAGACGUCAACGAAGGCUUUGUGAGGUGGAAAUUGUCUGACAAUGGUUGGGUAUUAAGUCCACAAGGGGAGUUACUUUUAUGGCUUCCUCCCGACAUUCGUCCGACUCUCUGGCAGCCACAGAAUACAACUGUUUUCAGUUGCGAAUUUUCCACGAAGUUAAAUUUCAAGGACGUUGCACAUGGCCAGCGUUGGCAAGAGUGUUUCAAUCCGGAUAGAUUCGGGUCACGCAACAAAAGCACAAACAGAAUUGAGCCGCUUGACCUUCGAUCGGCAGCUCGAGCUGCGUAUCUUCCUCAGGACUUUCCAUCUCUCCAGGUCAUGGUAUCAUUCUGCAAUUGCAUCGGAUGCGAGCCCUCUUUCCCUCAUAUUCAAAUGCAAGCAAAAGAUGCCCAUCGCACGUACGGUCCGGAUAGCAGCUCUGCAUUUUUUAUUUUUUCCGCCCGUGAAUCCCGACACUUGGGGACGAUGCAACACUCUGCAUUACCAAACCAUAUUGUCCUUUUCGACCGGCAAUCUCGAAUUUCCGAACCGGACCUUGCUACCUCGUCAGCAAGUCUAUGGAACGAUCGAUUUUCAGGACGUGCCUUGCGUCGCCGAACAUGGAAGUGGAAUAUCGCGCGGGGUAUGUCCACCAAGCUCGUUACAGGACCCGUUGUCGUCGGCAGAGCUUACAAGAUCGAAAGUGCAAUAUCCGUCAAUGUAUCCGUUUCAGAUGGACGCUCGGCUUAG